AUGUCCUCCAGUUUUUUUUUUCCGGAAUUAUACGCUAAGUUUUCUAGAAUCCUUCUAACACAACAUACCUCACAUCUAGUGAAAAAAUAUAGAUCAGCAAUACAUUGGCCUAAGAAUGCGAGUAUUUUAGAAUUUGGAUUUGGCGAUGGGACCAAUUAUGAAAUAUCCGUACGACCAAACUUUCCAAACGAUUAUAAAGAAUAUAUUGCAACAGACAUUUCAACGAAAAUGAUUGAUUAUGCUAGGAAGUCGGUUUCUUGGCCCAAUAUGACAUUUCAAGAGCUUGCUAUCGAUACACAAUUUGUUCCAGAUGAUUUCAAAAAUAGAUUUGAUUUGAUUUUGAGUUUUUUCACGAAUCAUUUAGUACAAAAUCCCAAACAAAUGUACAAAAAUAUCCACAAUAUGUUGAAACCAAGAGGACAAACAUUUCAAAUAUCAUUGGAACGCAGCCCUUUAGACAUAGUUUUCCACAAUUUUUCAAAGCAUCAUAGAUGGAAUAAAUAUGGACAUGACAAAAUUGUAUCCCCUUAUUAUUAUCUUCCUAAUCCCAGAGAAGGUGUAGAGAAUGAUAUCAAACAUGGAGGUUUUAAGGAAUAUCAUUUAAAAUCGGAGCCAUGCGUUUACGAAUUUAAAGAAAAAGAAGAAUGGCAAGGUUUAUUUCUCUCAACUAACCCAUUAUUAUCGAAUAUUCCAGUUGAAGACAUUGCAGAGUACAAAGAAGAUUAUUUCAAUGAAAUACAAAACAAUGUGAUAGUUUUUGAUGAAAAAGUAAAUGAUGGUGUAGGUAUAGUUAAAAAUACUCUUCAUGUAAUUUUCGCCACGAAAUAA